GGACACCACCCGGAGAAGAAAUCACGCAGACUACUGUUUGCGUGUGUUAUCUGUGCCAGGUGUAUUGAUCCAUCUGGGGUUAUAGAAUCGAAGGUUCGUGAUAUGCGCGACUUUUCAAGUAAUUGCACUUCGGCAAAGAUAACAGCGAUUUCGGAGCUACGAAGGAAGAUAUAACUGUGGAAGACGAACUUGAAUAAAUUGACACAAUCAAGCGCGCUUUUUGACUGAGUGUCAUAACCAGGUUUAUUCUACUGAGCAAUUGACGCACUCGGCAGGAGUUGACUUCACUGGGUGAUAAGCACGGGUGACUCAUACAAUCCUCCGAGGAAAUUAUUUAUAUCGAGUUCGGACAAGUCGUCUCAUAUCUGAUAUCCACCAAGAAAAGAAUGAUGAUUCUUACAAAAACUGGACCUCUCGGUCCAGUCACAAAUUCAUUCAUCAUCGCCACAACUCGCCGCGGCCAAAUCCGGCUCUACAACAUUCUCCAAGACACCACCAUCCCCGAACCCAAGCGAAAACACAUCCCAUCUUCAGGAACAUACCCCAAGGGGUUCCGUGUCUCCGGUACUCAUGUGGGCGUCAAAGCCGCAAAUACGAAAUACCCUGAUUUGGCUUUGAUAUCUUCUGAUGAACCAUGUACUGCGGCAGCGGUGUUUACUACGAACAAGUUCCAGGCUGCGCCUGUGCAGAUUAGUAAAUUGACCUUGGAUCAGCGCAAGGGGAAAGGAAUUCAAUCGGUGGUUAUCAAUUCUGGAUGCGCGAAUGCUGUUACGGGGAAGGGUGGGUUGGAAGAUGCGCAGAGCAUGGCUUCGAAAGUGGAUGAAUGUAAUGGUAUUUCGGAACCGAGUACUCUUGUUAUGAGUACUGGUGUUAUUGGACAGCGACUACCCAUCUCCAAAAUCCUGGAUAAAAUCCCAACAGCAUACUCCAACCUCGCCAACACACACAACGCCUGGCUUGCAACAGCCCGCGCAAUCUGCACAACAGAUACAUUUCCCAAACUGAUCUCUCAAACUUUCACCCUUCCCUCCUCACCCGGAAUCACCUACAGUCUCGCCGGCAUGACCAAAGGCGCCGGCAUGAUCCACCCCAACAUGGCCACUCUACUCGGCGUGCUAUGCACCGACGCACCGGUCGACGCCUCCGCGAUGAAACCACUCUUACUACAAGCCGUCUCACGCUCAUUCAACUCUAUAUCCAUCGACGGCGACACAAGCACAAACGAUACAAUCGCCUUUCUCGCCAACGGCGCCGCUGGUGGCCAGCCAGUGACUUCUUCAUCUGCUGAUUACACCGCAUUACAAAAAGUACUUACAUCCUUUGCGCAAUCACUUUCUCAACUCGUCGUUCGCGACGGUGAAGGCGCUACAAAAUUCGUAACUGUCCGCAUCCAAAAUAGUCCCUGCUACGAAUCCGCACGCCGCAUCGCAUCCACCAUCGCCCGCUCACCACUCGUGAAAACAGCCCUGUACGGCCGAGACGCGAAUUGGGGCCGUAUCCUGUGCGCCGUCGGAUACGCUGAUGGCGUUACUGAGGGUACUGUCAUCCCCGAACGUACGAGCGUCAGUUUCAAGCCUGUAGAUGGCUCACCUGUUCUGCGGUUAUUGGUUAAUGGCGAACCUGAAGUAGUCGAUGAAGAGCGUGCAAGUGCUAUAUUGCAGGAUGAGGAUUUAGAGAUCAUUGUUGAUCUUGGUGGUGGUAGUAAAGGGGAGAAAGGGUUGGGUGGUGAGGAAGCUGUCUAUUGGUUCUGUGAUUUUAGUCAUGAGUAUGUUACUAUUAACGGUGACUAUCGGACUUGA